AGGGGGACUUUCGGGACCAUGGCAUCGACGGAAGGUGCCAACAAUAUGCCUAAGCAAGUAGAAGUGCGGAUGCAUGAAAGUCAUUUAAAUCCCGUGGAGCACAGAUCCAGGAACAUAUGUGUUCAGUUCUGCCAGUCGCUCCAUAGGAAUCUGCUCCUGACUCUAACCGUCUUCGGUGUCAUCCUGGGUGCAGUCUGUGGGGGUCUUCUUCGUCUAGCAACUCCUAUUGACCCUGACAUCAUCAUGUUAAUAGCCUUCCCAGGAGAUAUACUUAUGAGGAUGCUAAAAAUGCUGAUCCUCCCUUUAAUUAUCUCCAGUUUAAUCACAGGACUGUCUGGUUUAGAUGCUAAAGCGAGUGGCCGAUUGGGUACAAGAGCCAUGGUCUACUACAUGUCCACCACUAUUAUUGCUGCUGUGCUGGGUGUGAUUUUGGUUUUAGCCAUCCAUCCAGGGAAUCCAAAACUCAGAAAACAGCUUGGUCAAGGGAAGAAGAACGAUGAAGUAUCUAGUCUGGAUGCUUUCUUGGAUCUGAUCCGAAACCUGUUCCCUGAAAAUUUAGUCCAAGCAUGCUUUCAGCAGAUCCAAACUGUCACCAAGAAAGUGCUGGUGCCACCACCCACAGAAGAAACGCCUAAUGUCACUGACUCUGCCUUUGCUCUGAUAAAUGAGACAGUGCGUGAAGCACCACCAGAAGCUCAGCUGGUCAUUAAGAAGGGACUUGAAUUUAAGGAUGGCAUGAAUGUCCUGGGUUUGAUAGGAUUCUUUAUUGCUUUUGGCAUUGCUAUGGGGAAGAUGGGAGAACAGGCCAAGAUGAUGGUGGAUUUCUUCAACAUCCUGAAUGAGAUUGUAAUGAAGUUGGUAACUAUGAUCAUGUGGUACUCUCCUUUGGGCAUUGCUUGCCUCAUUUGUGGAAAAAUAAUCGCAAUCAAGGACUUAGAAGUAGUUGCUAGACAACUUGGCAUGUACAUGGUCACUGUGAUUGUGGGUCUUCUCAUUCAUGGAGGGAUCUUCCUGCCUCUGCUCUACUUUGUGAUAACGAGGAAAAGCCCAUUUUCCUUCCUUGCUGGGAUUUUCCAGGCAUGGAUCACAGCACUAGGCACAGCUUCCAGUGCUGGAACAUUACCUGUCACAUUCCGGUGCCUUGAAGAAAACCUAGGCAUUGAUAAGCGUGUAACAAGGUUUGUUCUUCCGGUUGGAGCAACUAUUAACAUGGAUGGAACUGCCCUCUAUGAAGCUGUGGCUGCAAUCUUCAUAGCACAGAUGAAUGGAAUUGAGCUGGAUGGAGGCCAGAUAGUUACUGUGAGUUUGACUGCCACCCUUGCAAGUGUCGGAGCUGCCAGUAUUCCCAGCGCGGGACUUGUCACUAUGCUGCUGAUCCUUACUGCAGUGGGUCUCCCUACCCAGGACAUCAGUUUGCUUGUUGCUGUUGACUGGCUUUUGGACCGGAUGAGAACGUCAGUCAAUGUAGUGGGGGAUUCUUUUGGUGCUGGCAUUGUCUACCACCUUUCCAAGGCAGAACUUGACAACAUUGAUUCCCACCAUAAAGGUCACGAAGACAUUGAAAUGACCAAGACUCAGUCAAUCUAUGACGACAUGAAAAAUCAUAGGGAAAACAACUCAAACCAAUGUGUUUUUGCAGCUCACAACUCAGUCAUAGUAGAUGAGUGCAAGGUAACACUGGCAACCAAUGGCAAAUCUGCAGACUUCAGUAUUGUCGAAGAAGAGCCUUGGAAACGUGAAAACUGAAGGAAGAGAUUUCUAGCUCCAUCUUUAAUAAGCCCUGAAGCUGUCUUCUGACAAAAG